AAUAUGAGGGAGGACGUUUUGUUUCUCAUUUAGACUUUUUAGGAUUCCCCUGAGGAGCGUUCACUGACCUGUUUUAUAUAUUAGACAACUGGCCGUUAGUGUUUAACACACCUGAUGACAGAUUUCAGUCUGUUCUUUCUGUUCUUCUGCCCGCCUUCAUCCUUCAGUAUCCUCACUUCCUGAAGCGUGACGUGAACCGUCUGCACGUGAUGCUGCAGAGGAGGAAGAGGUACAAGAACCAAACCAUCCUGGGCUACAAAACCUUGGCAGUAGGGGUCAUCAACAUGGCCGAGGUGAUGCAGCAUCCGACGGACAGGGCCCACAUCCUUGGUCUCCAUAGCAACCUAAGAGCUGUUUCGAUGUGCGCUGCAGAGCUGAGCAUCCACUCCCUCAGCAGCCAGCCCAUCCAACAGGAGGACACGAGGGGUCACCACGGCAACCAGACCAAGGCCUCGGACCGCUGUCACGACAUAGAAAACUACUGGGAGGACGAUGACGACAGCUUCUCCUCCGAACAGGAAGCAAGUGACGAUGCCUGUCCUCCUCAGCAAUCUAACUUCAAACAGAAGUUUGUGGCUCUGCUGAAAAGAUUCAAAGUCACUGAUGAGGUUCUGGACCCUGAUCCUUUGCGCCAUAAUCAGGAGGCCGGAGAAGACCUGGACCUGUUGUAUGACAGUCUGGAGGCUUACAACCCGAGUGACAGCAGCCCGGAGGACAACGACAGCAUCCAGACCAGGCCCAAACCUAAACUCAGGCCCUUCUUUGAGGAGAUUUCUCAUUCAACCUCUCAGACUAAGAACAGGAGUCUUGACGGUCAGAGGAGCCAACAAGAAGAACAAGCUGCAGCUGGGACAGAGCUGCUGUCUUCAGAGUGUCUCGAAGCUCAGGGAGCCCAGUUCCCCAACGAGUCCAAAGGAGAGCAGGCCGUUGCCAGGCAUCCCCUGCUUUAG